AUGACACUAUUUCAUCAAUUAUUUAUUGUAUAUUGCUGGAUUGCAUAUUGUUUAACUCGAUUAAAUUGCUUAAAUAUUCAGUGUUUAGAUGGACCUGAUUUUUGGUGUUUAAAUGGAACUACUGAAUCAUUAUGUAAUUUUACUAAUAAAACAAUUGGUCUGUGUGGAUAUUCAAAUAAAAGAUGUCAGGUAAAAAUAGGUGAUAGCUUUUGUAAGUCAUCUCCACCAGCUCAACAACAGUCACCAUUUGAAUUUAACGGUGGUUUAACUGGUACUGAUGAUGAUCUAUUUUCUUACUAUAGUCUUAGUCUUUAUUGGCCACCAUCAAGUUGUCCAGCAAAAUAUAAUGAAACAAUUGAUUUAUUAAGUUAUUUUUGUUCGCCAUAUACAGAUAUUGAUCAACCUGGUAGUGAACGUUUAGCAUUACAUGGUCUUUGGCCAACAUUUUCGACUAAAGGAAAUUAUCAAGGUUGGCCACAAUUUUGUUCAUCAACAAAAUCCGAUUGGUCAAAAUGUCAUAUUGAUGGAAAUUUAUGUCCAUGGAAAAAUAUGACGUCAAAUGAUUUUACUCAAGGUGAUUAUGAAUAUUGUUUAUCAGUAGAAAAUGUACAAGAAUGUCUUAUUGAUCCUGUUGAAAUUCUUGAACCUGAACGAGAACGUUUAAAAAUAUUAGCACCAGGAUAUUUAGGUGAAAGAAAUUUAUUUAUUAAUCAUGAAUGGACAAAACACGGUUCAUGUUGCUCUUCAAUAUUUGGACAUAAUAUUUCGAAUUAUUUGACUCAUAUGCUUGAUUUAGUCGAUAUGGUCACACGACCAGGCAGUUUAACUUAUGAGUAUAUUCAACGUUAUGCUGGUGAGAAAAUUGGUCUUGAUUAUCUGCUUACUAUUUUUAAUCAAACAGCAAUUAUUAACUGUAAUUCAAAAUGUGAAUUAGAAGAAAUUUGGAUGUGUAUGAAUCGAGAUGAUGAUAGUGGUUUACCAACUCGAUUAAUUACAUGUCCACCAGGUGCUCGUAAUGCCAGUGAUUCAUGUAGAAAAGCUCGAUGUGAAUAUGUUUUUAUUCCAUUAAGAAAUCAUGUUGGAGUAAAUCAUACCGGUGAUUAUUAUUUUUCGUCAAUAUUGAGAAAUCUUUUAUGUUUUAUUUUUAUAUUAAUUCUACUUAAAUUUCUUGUAUCUUUUUGUACUAGUGGUACUUUUCUACAAACUACUAGUCAGUCAAAUUGUUUUGUUGACCAAAAAUAA